AUGUCCUCACGAGAUGUACCGGCCGUCUUCGGCUCCCCGGCACUCGACUCAGCCUUCUGCGGCGUCUCAGCCGGCAUCGUCUCGACGAUCUGUAUGCAACCGCUCGACCUCCUCAAGGUUCAGCUGCAGGUUUCGACCGCGCCAAAGGCGCAUGGAACGCUGGGGCAGAUAUGGUGGGGACUGGGAGAGAUCGUACGGCAGGGAGGCUAUGGAGGCUUGUAUCGAGGGUUGACGCCGAAUCUUGUCGGAAACGCGAGCAGCUGGGGGUUCUACUUUCUUUGGUAUACGAUGAUCAAGGCGCGGAUGGACGGAGGAGAGGAGAAGAAGCUGAACGCGGGACAGCAUCUUCUCGCUUCCGCAAGUUCCGGCGUCAUCACGGCGGUCAUCACCAACCCUAUAUGGGUCGUCAAGACGCGGAUGUUCACGACGCGAGCGGACGAGACGAAGGCGUACCGAGGCGUCCUGAACGGCCUCGCGACACUGGCACGAGAAGAAGGCGUUCGAGGCAUGUCAAAGGGAAUGACGCUCGCCCUGAUAGGCGUCUCGAACGGCGCCAUUCAGUUUAUGACAUAUGAGGAGCUGAAGAAGCGGCGGGUGGAUCUGCGAAGAAAACGGUUAGGAGCGGGAGCAAGCGAGGAGGAGGUCAAGCGUUUGAGCAAUACCGAGUACAUCCUCAUGAGCGGUUCGGCAAAGCUCGUCGCCAUCGGCAUCACCUACCCAUAUCAGGUCAUUCGAUCACGGAUACAAUAUCGACCCGUCUCUGCCGCCUCUUCCACUCCACCCUACACCUCCAUCCCCGACGUAAUCACCCGCACCUACCGCUCCGAAGGUCUCUCGGGCUUCUACAAAGGCAUCGCAACCAACGCCGUGCGGAUCUUGCCGGGGACGUGCGUGACGUUUGUCGUGUAUGAGCAGUUGAGUCGGUGGUUGGGACGGAUGGCGGAGCGGAGGGAGGCGAAGGCGCGGGGGACGGCGGCGGAGGUGCAGGUCUCAUAG